AUGUCUGUCGCAUCUUCAUCCCAUCCUUAUAGACAGCAAGUACGCCCAUCACAGGAUAACCAAUCUACAGCAGGUCUGUUGAAGGAAACAUCUGUGCUAUUAGCCAACAGGGUCAAAGCUCAUCAAAAUAACAAUAUGGAUAACUCAUCACCUCAAUAUUCAAACCCAAGCUCUGGAAAUACAUAUCAAAGUGCCACUCAAAGUAUCAACAACUAUGAACAGGGCGGUUUUAUUCAAGAUGAUGUUCCAGGUGCACCACCUGUACCAACUGCUGAAGCUUAUCAUGAAGUUCCUCAAAUUUCAGCUCAACAAGAUUAUCAACAACAAUAUCAACAAGAUUAUCAACAACAAUACCCACAACAACAAGGUCAACAAAUCAAAGAAACUUUUGUAUUUGCUGAUCCAAACCACCAACAACAACAACAAGUUCCAUAUAUUCCACCUCCACCAACUAUCCAAUCUCAUAACAUGGUUAAUAGUAAUGGGGUUCCAACUCCAAGAUCUUCAGUUGAUUCAGCAGGUACAAACCAAAGACAAGCAAUUUUCAAUAAUCAUCAAGUAAAUGAUAGUUCAAGUACAACAUCAAUCCCAAGAGCUCCUGAUACUCCAGUUGGUGCUCGCUCUUUCAGUUCCCCUCCAAUUCAACAUUUAUCAUUAGAUUAUCAAACAAGAUCUGAAGAAAAUCUAAGUUCAAGAUCACAAAGUCCUCCAAAUUCUCAAGGUUAUUCAACCGUUUCAUCUAAAAAACAUAAUAGAGCUUCAAAAUCUGUUGAUUUGUCACAUCUUUAUCUUUUGGAUAGAAAUGAAUCUACUCAUUUCACUUUAACAAAUGAAAGUUUAAGUGAUGUUUCACAAAAUUUAAUUAGACAAUACCUUGGUGAAAAUUCAUCUUCAUCUUUAUUGCCAAGAAUGAAAACCAUAGAAAUGUAUCGUAAAAAUGUCAAAAAAUCAAAUGAUCCAAAAGUUUUAUUUCAAUAUGCUCAAUAUAUGUUACAAACUUCAUUAACUAUUGAUAACACAAGACCAGAUGCAACAAAAGAAGAAGUUGACUUAAAGAAACAAUUUUUAAAAGAAGCUGUUCAUUAUUUGAAAAAAUUAUCUGAUAAAGGUUAUAUAGAUGCUCAAUAUUUAUUAGGUGAUGCUCAUAGUUCAGGUGCAUUGGGAAAAAUUGAUAAUAAGGAAGCAUUUAACCUUUUCCACGUUGCAGCUAAACAUGGUCAUGUUGAAUCAGCUUAUAGAACUUCUUAUUGUUAUGAAGAAGGUUUAGGUGUGGGCAGAGAUUCAAGAAGAGCAUUAGAAUUUUUGAAAUUUGCUGCAUCUAAAAAUCAUCCAGCUUCAAUGUAUAAAUUAGGUGUUUAUUCAUUUCAUUCAAGAAUGGGUCUUGCUGAUAAUGUCAACGUCAAGAAAAAUGGUAUUCAAUGGUUAUCAAGAGCAACUUCAAAAGCUAAUGAAUUAACUAAUGGUGCUCCAUAUGAAUUGGCUAAAAUUAAUGAAAAAGGGUUCUUAGAUAUUGUUAUUCCAGAUCGUAAAUAUGCAAUGGAAUUAUAUAUUCAAGCUGCUUCAUUAGGUCAUAUAAAGAGUGCUGCAAUUUUGGGUAAAGCUUAUGAAUUAGGUGAUGAAGUGAUACCUCAAGAUGCUGAUUUAUCUAUUCAUUAUUAUACACAAGCUGCUCUGGGUGGGGAUGCUGAAUCAAUGUUAUCAUUAUGUGCCUGGUAUCUGGUUGGUAACCCACCAAAUUUGGAAAAAGAUGAAAAAGAAGCAUUCCAAUGGGCUUUAAGAGCUGCAAAUCAAGGUUUACCAAAAGGCCAAUUCGCUGUUGGUAACUUCUUUGAAAAAGGGUUAGGUAUUGAAAAAGAUUUAAAUACAGCUAAACAAUGGUAUGAAAAAGCAGCUCUGAAUCAUGAUGAAAGAGCUCAAAAUAGAUUAAACAAAUUAAAUGGGGUUAAUAUUCAAUACAACAACAAAACAAUAAAGAAAUUAAGAAAAAAAGCAUCUUCAGGAUCAAUUGAUAAACUGGCACAAGAAGAAAAAGAUAAGAAUUGUAUUAUAAUGUAA